UACUUAAUUCGCCUGCAGAAGGCAUCGUACUCAGCUGUACUGUUUAUCAAGGGCAAAGGCAAGGGCAAGGGCAAGGGCAAGGUCAAGGGCAAAAGUUUCGACCUUUAUAAUUCGUUAUAUGCAGGCAAUACGAAUUUUUGGGAGCUUUUGAAGAAGGCAAUGGCUUCUCUGUUCAAGGACCCAGCUAAGCUUUCAGCAUACCGAGACAGAAGAUUCAAUGGUUCGCAAGAGGAAUUCGAGCAAGCACUCCUCACUUCGACAACCGUCUACAUCGGAAACAUGUCUUUUUACACUACUGAAGAACAAGUUUAUGAGCUUUUCUCUAGAGCCGGUGAAAUCAAGAAAAUUAUUAUGGGCCUUGACAAGAACUCUAAAACGCCUUGCGGCUUUUGCUUUGUCCUGUAUUAUUCUAGGGAAGAUGCUGAGGAUGCCGUUAAAUACAUUAGUGGGACAAUCCUUGAUGACCGCCCGAUUCGUGUUGAUUUUGAUUGGGGAUUUGUUGAAGGAAGGCAAUGGGGCCGUGGUCGAAGUGGUGGCCAAGUGCGAGAUGAAUAUCGAACUGAUUACGAUCCUGGCAGAGGUGGUUAUGGAAAAUUAGUUCAAAAAGAGUUGGAAGCACAAAGACAGCUUGUAGAUUAUGGAGCUGGGUCACUGGGCUCAUUCCCACCGGUUAUGGCCCCUCAUUAUGGUAGGCAUGGUGGGGGCCAUGGUCAUGGUGGUUCUUAUCGUCAUGGGAGAGAUUACCAUCGGAAGCGACACCGAGAUGAUGACCGCUAUGCACGUGAGUCCUCAAAGAGAAACUCGGAUCAUGAAUCCAGGAGAGCCUCUGACCAUGACGCUAGACCGGAGAAGAAUCCACGUUUCCGAGAGAGCGGUGAUUCUGAUGAAGAAGAAGAUGAUGAUCGUAAACGACGAUCUUAAUAGAUACAUUAUGUUUUAAUUAAGUGUAAUAUGUGAAGUAAGUUUUUGGUGUUUUUAUGCAUUUGUUAAGAGGGGCUCCAGACGCAGAACAAUGAGGAGUUUUCUUGGUACAAUUGGUAGGACACCAAAUGCUGCUUUAGCGCUUCAGUUGUUAUGUAGGGCAGUAUGCUGCAGCUGUCUUUUAGAUUAGAUGUUGGUUUUGGGCAUUUGUUGCAUGUUUAAAGGUGAAGCAUUGUAUUUCUUUUUUUUUUUAAAUAUUUUUUUUUUACAACUAA